GUGAGCGCAAGGAAAGUAAAGAGGAAGAACACCAAGGGGGACAAGGUGAAAGUUGAGUCCUGUGAGCGGCCUGGCGAGGACGUGGCUGCAAGGCCUGCCGACAAAGCGAUGGGAGGUGAGGCUGUCGUGGGAAGCUGGAGCGCCAUGGAGCCAGUCAUAAAGCAAGCGCAGGUGGGGAAGGUGCCUGCAGCCCUGCCGGACCUGCCCCCCAGCGACGGCUACUACGAAGACCUCCUGAAGACGAUGGACGUGGAGAUGAGGCUCAGGAAGGCGGAGGACAAGUGGCGGGAGCACGAUGCGGGAAUAAAGGUCCUGCAGGGCAAGAUCAGCAACGGUGAGCUCGGGGCGAAAGAGGGCCAGGAGGCGGUGAGAAAGCUCUACAACCGAAGGGAGGCUGCUGCCUCCCGGUCGAGGAGGGAAGCGGAACUGUUCCAGCAGGUUCAGCAGAAACGCUAUCUGGAGCAGAUGGAGAGCUGGCUGCGCCAGCGCUUGUCGGUGGAGACGGGGAGCGACAUGCAAGCAUCCCAAGGCGUGAGGAGAAGUGCCAGCACAGGAACGCGCGUUGCUCCUAAAGCUGAAGCCGCUGUGGGAAUCGAUAGAAGCAAGGCAGUUGGCGCGCAUCGCCUGAGCAAUGCAGGUCCUGAUGACCGAAAAGCCGAAGAGGACAUGAUGCAUGCCGGAUAUUGA